GGAUGUUUUACGACGAACGUGUUCUUUAACCAAUCGGUGUACACUCAAGGCCAGUCCUACUUUCACGUUUGGUUGCAAAAUACACAUGUGGACUCAAUGUUGAUGUGCCGCUGAGAGAAAGUUAGGAGUCUUACAGGUUUUGUUUAUUUGGAAACUCCACUUGUCGUAUGUUAAGAUGUCUUCUUCGUUUUUCAUAAAGGCAAAAGAAAAACCCAAGUUAGUCAACAAAAGGAAAAAUGUUACGGCGCCAAAACGAAAGAGUGAUGGGGCCCCGGAUGGAAAAAGCAAAUUACGAGCAAAAAAACCCAGCAAAUAUAACGAAGAGAUAUCCAGUGAUUCUGAGACAGAGAGUCCUGUUGUGUCCAAGAGGAGGGAAGCCAGUGAGAGCAACGUAUACGACGAAACUCCUCAGGAGAAGAAACUCAGAUUAGCAAAGAUUUACCUAGACCAACUUAAGGAAGAGGAAGAAAAAAAAGGAGAUGAUGACUUCUUUGAGACAGAUCUGGUCGCUGGAAAACUCCAAGAAGAAGUGCUUGAACAGAAAGGAAAGCUCCAGCGUCUAAUCGCCAAAGAUCUUUUAGCACCAGAUGUGUCAGAGAUCAGGGUGUUAAGAGGACACAAGCUUCCAAUCACCUGUCUGGUCGUCUCACCUGAUGACAAAUGGAUCUUUUCUGCAGCCAAAGACUGCUCCAUCAUUAAAUGGGAUGUGGAGAGUGGGAAGAAACUGUACACGAUACCUGGUGGGAGGAAAGGCACAGAAGAACGCCAUGUUGGACACACAGCUCACAUCCUGUGUAUGGCCAUAUCGUCAGAUGGAAAAUACUUGGCCACCGGAGACAUGAACAAAUUCAUCAUGAUUUGGGAGGUAGAAACGUUUAAACAUCUUUACAAGUUCACGGGGCACAAAGGCCCUAUUUCGGGUCUCUCGUUCAGGAGGGGAACCCAUGAUCUGUACAGUGCUUCUCAUGACCGCUCGGUCAAGGUGUGGAACGUGGAUGAGAACGCGUAUGUGGAAACUCUGUCUUGCACUGAACUGUUCUGUGAAUCUGUUAGCUUUGGCCAUCAGGAUGCUAUCACAGGACUCGACAGUUUGAGCCGCGAACGCUGUGUGACUGCGGGGGGGCGGGACGGCACUGUGAGGGUGUGGAAGAUAGCAGAAGAGUCUCAGCUGGUGUUCCACGGACAUGCAGGCUCAAUUGACUGUGUCCAGCUUAUAAAUGAAGAACACAUGAUAACAGGAGCCGAUGACGGCUCUGUGUCGCUCUGGAGUGUCAACAAGAAGAAGCCUCUCAGCACAGUGAAACAGGCUCACGGUUGCCAUGGUGACGCAGGGCUGGAGCAGCCUCAUUGGGUGGCCUCGGUAGCAGCCCUUCAGAACUCAGACACGGUUGCUUCAGGUGCCUCCGGCUGUGAGAGUCGUUCUCACAACUCGCAGGUGAACGUGUGGAAGUGUGGGCAGAAUUAUCGUGGGUUGGAGCUUCUGUUCAGCGUGCCAGUGUCUGGUUUUAUCAACAGCCUGAAGUUUUCAAGCAGCGGUCAGUUCUUGGUGGCUGGAGUGGGACAGGAACACAGGCUGGGCCGAUGGUGGAGACUGAAAGAGGCCAAAAAUGGGAUCUAUAUUAUUCCUCUUAAAAGGAAACCUUCUAAUCCAGAGGAAACCAACAUUAAUGCAUCAUGAACAUUUUCUUUUCUAUUUUGUAAAUUAAAGGCUUAAAAAGUA